UUGCUUGAAAGCUACUCUGGUCGCUUUCACUGACACCGCGUUUUCCUUCUUUCUUGUGGUCCAGUCACUCCCUUUCCUCUCAAAGUCAGUGCAGAGGUUUCCAGGCGGAGCUCGAUCUAUGAAAUGCUCCAGCAGCGUUAGAGGUGGGAUUGGAUUGAUAUCCAAAUCCAAAUAGAGGAGUGCAGUGCAAUUCAAGUCCAACCAAAGCAAGGGACAUAGUUUCCUAAUCGAAGCCACGGACAGGAAGACACAAAAGAGAUCUGAACCUUAAGCAUCGAUGCAGCAAGUGGACUGAUGACUAGCAGCUACUAUCUACUUCAUUGAUUCUGCACCCACACACAGUCAGCUGGUCACAAACCUCCCUUCCUGGGGUCACUGUGCAGAAGAACGUAACAGCCUAGCCUAGGAGAUGAAGGGGGCCAUGGUGAGCGUUGCCACCGGGGUGAUGAACUCCCUGCUUGACAAGCUCACCACGCUGCUGGGUAAGGAAUUCAGCUGGCUGCAUAAUGAAGUGAAACAUGACAUUGCCUUCUUGAGGGAUGAGUUGAGCUGCAUGAACGCUCUGUUGGAGAAACUGACUGACAUGGAGGUGCUUGACCCUCAGAUGAAGGAGUGGAGGAAUCAAGUGAGGGAGAUGGCCUACGACAUAGAGGAUUGCAUUGACGAUUCUUUCAUGCACCAACAGAGACCUGGUGGAAUCAUGGGAUUCUUUCAUGACUAUGUUCAGAAAGUCAAGGAGCUGUUAGGUCACCAUGGGAUUGCUCAACAGAUAAAAGAGCUCAAGGGUCGCAUUGUUGAGGCAAGUCAUAGAAGAAAGAGGUACAAGUUGGACACUCAAGUUGAUCCUGGAACCACCAAUGUAUUGUCCAUUGAUCCUCGAUUACCUGCACUCUAUGUUGAGUCAUCCGAACUUAUCGGUAUUGAUGUUCCGAGGGAUCACCUCAUCAACUUGCUAGGUGACGGAGAACAGUCACUGAAGGUGAUUUCAAUUGUGGGUCUUGGAGGAUUAGGCAAAACUACCCUUGCAAAUGAAGCAUAUAAAAGAAUUAGCGGGCAAUUCAAUUGCCAGGCUUUUGUGUCAGUGUCCCAGAAACCUGAUGUAAACAAGAUUCUACGGAGCAUACUUUCUCAAAUCAAGAAUCGAGAUAAAGCUAACACCGAACCAAAGGAUGUGGAGUGGCUCAUAGAUGCACUGAGGGAUUUGCUCAAGGACAAAAGGUACUUUAUCGUAAUUGAUGAUAUAUGGGACACACAAGCAUGGAAAACAAUAAAAUGCGGAUUGCCUGGGAAUACUUGUGGUAGUAGGAUACUAGUGACAACAAGAAUUGCUACUAUUGCCAAAUCCUGUUGCUCCCCUCACCAUGGCACAGUUUAUGAAUUAAGGCCACUAAGUGAAGCUGACUCCAUGAGUUUAUUUUUUAAAAGAAUUUUUGGCUCAGAAGACCUCUGCCCAGCUAACCUUAAAGAUGUUGCAGUUGAAAUCAUUAAAAAGUGCGGUGGUCUGCCCUUGGCAAUAGUUACUAUGGCUAGUUUAAUGAGUACUAAAUCAGUCAGAAGAGAAGAAUGGGUGAGUGUUUGUAAUUCAAUUGGUCUGGGGCUUCAAAGUUACAAUGUGGAAGGAAUGGAAAGGAUUUUAUCCCUUAGUUAUUGUGAUCUUCCCUACCAUUUGAAGACAUGUUUAUUAUAUCUAAGCAUGUAUCCAGAAGACCAUGAGAUCGACAUGUGUCAGCUUGUAAGGAGGUGGAUAGCAGAAGGGUUCAUCAAGGCCAAAAGUGGGAGAAAUUCAGUAGACGAAGGGAAAUGCUAUUUUAACGAACUUAUAAACAGAAGUUUGAUCCAACCAGUAGGUUUCGGGCUUGAUGGUCAAGCAACGGCAUGUCGUGUGCAUGAUAUGAUUCUUGAUCUCAUUGUAUCCAAGGCCGUCGAAGAAAAUUUUAUCUCCUCCGUUGGUGACCAAAUGCAUACAUUGAUCUCCCAAGGCAAAGUUCGCCGACUCUCGGUUGACUACCGUGGGCAAGAAGUUGCCAUGUCACGGUCAUCCAUGAUUUCUUCGCAUGUCAGAUCUCUCGGCAUAUUUGGGUAUUCUGAAAAGAUGCUUCCUAUUUCAAACUUCCGAGCUCUAAGAAUGUUGGAUUUAGAGAGUAGUGCGAGAUUGCAAAACUGUUAUCUCCACAAUAUAGGGGAUCUAUUUCAGCUGAGGUACCUACGGGUUGCAGCAAGCGGCGUCACGCAUCUUCCGGAGCAAAUAGGAGAACUGCAGUUUCUGGAAACAUUGGAUCUGUGUCGUACAUGGAUAAGAAAAUUGCCGCCAAGCAUUGUAAAAUUGCAACGGCUGAACUUUCUAUCUGUUAAUGGUUCGCAAUUACCGGAUGGAGUCGGAAACAUGCAAUCUCUGGAGGAACUGUCAGGUUUAUCGGUCUACAACGAAUGCUCAAUAAAUUCUUUGCAGGAGUUGGGAAGCUUGAUGAACCUGAGAACUCUUCGGCUAACUUGGCACAUCAGUGACUCACGCAAUGACAGAACAGCGUACACAGAUAUCUUGGCUUCAUCACUUGGCAAACUUGUUGGUUCCAGCCUUAGAUGUUUGCGCAUUAUCAGGGGACAUGGUUCUGUUGACAUCCCUUUUGAUUCUUGGCCCUCACCUCCUCAUCUCCUGCGAGAAUUAGACAUCCCGGGGUGCUGUUUCCAAAUGAUCCCAGAGUGGAUGGCCUCAAUGGCCAACCUCUCCACGCUGCACCUCAGGGUUAAGCAAGUGACACAGGAAAUCCUCCAUGUCCUCGGGGACUUGCGAGCGCUGCUAGACUUGGAGUUACGAUCAGAAGCUGCAGAUGGUCCCAUGGAAAUGCUGGUUGUCUGCAACAACAGGUUCCGAUGUCUGAAGAUCUUCCGCUUGUACGGCCAGAUCAUGGGUCUCAUCUUUGAGGCUGGAGCGACGCCACAGCUCGAACGAUUCUCCAUUGAAAUCAGAGCACGUCAGGCGCAAUCUGCAUUUGCUGACCAUCCUGAUCUCGGUAUCCACCACCUUACUUCCCUCAGGGAUCUCAAUGUCUGGAUUGACUGCGAAGGUGCGAGGAUUGAAGAGGUGGAGAUGCUCGAGGCUGCUAUCACGGAUGCAACCAAUCUACUUCCCAACCAUCCCACACCACGUUUAUAUAGAGUAUGAUGUGUACGAGGAAGACACCAAGCUAUUUUCCCCCUCCAGACCACGAAUUACUCAAGAACGUUGCAGUCCAAAAAAAAUUGAUUUCUCGAAAAAAGAACCCCGUUGCAGUCCAAAUUCAUGUUUAUGAAUGAUGUGAUAAUGUAUUGCACUGCAGAGUACAUACUCUUUUUUGCUAUUGCACUGCAGAAUAUCCUUGUUGUGACACCAGUGACUUUUGUUCGGUUCCUUCCAAGCGAACUUGAUCAAAUGCGCCUUUAAUUAGUUUGUGAUCGCUCUACUUAUCUGCAGAACGAAAUCAUGGGUGUCAGGACAGGGGGUUUAAAACGAGGAUUGCUUGUUCGAUUAUUGUCUCAGAUCAGAAUUGUUGCUGCAGUGGAUCCAAGUUAUAUUACUCACUGGACAUCCAAAGCAUUGGAAAAAUAAAAAAGGCUUUGUUAUUGUUGUUGGACAUCCAAAAUGUGCGUACAUUUUCUUGGUGCAUUAGAGUGCUCAGUCUCUCUCUCUCUCUAUAUAUUUUUUUUUGCCGGGAACUUGCUCAAUCUGUUUAUUACUUUUGAGUUUUUAAGCUCUAUUUUAGCCUUUUGUACUAUUCCUUUUUUCCGAGAACCGGCUUCUAUGUUAUUUGUAGCAUUCAUUUGAUUCCAUGUGACGAGAACACAUCAUAAGCUUAAACCGUGCUCUGUUCUGA